UGGCAUGUUUCUGUGUGACCUGAUUCUAUGUGACCCAAUUCUGCAUGACUUGCUUCUAUGUGGCAUGUUUCUAUGUGACCUGAUUCUAUGCGGUCUGCUUCUAUAUAGCAUGUUUCUAUGUGAUAUCAUUCUAUAUAGCAUGUUCUAUGUGGCAUGUUGGUGUGUGAUCUGCUUCUAUAUAGCAUGAUUCUAUGUGAGCUGCUUCUAUGUAGCAUGAUUCUGUGUGGCUGGCCUGCUUCUGCAUGACUUGCUUCUUUGUGGCAUGUUUCUAUGUGACCUGAUUCUACGUGACUUGCUUCUAUGUGGCCUAAUUCUAUGUGAGUUGUUUCUAUGUGACCUGAUUCUAUGUGAUCUACUUCUAUAUAGCAUGUGUCUAUGUGGCAUGAUUCUAUUUGGCUGGCCCGCUUCUAUGUGACAUGUUUCUGUCUGUGGCUCCGCCCACAGUGCACUCCUAUAGCAAGACGGCGACAGGAAGAAGGCGUGUAUGACGUGUGUGGUGUUCUUGUUUUCAUGAGCAGAUGAGAAGUUGUUGCCAUCAUGGCGGCUCGCGGUUCACCCUGCUGUCCCUCAGCCUCCUCUUCCCAGUCCCACCCAGCGUCAUGCCUUACCCUCGGCCGCCCGCAGAGGAGUCGGCCUUGGAGAGGUUCCAUGUUCCCGUUCCCAUGGAGGCCCAAAGGGAUCUUUGGGUGUGGGGGGCGUGGCCAGGUGAUCCCCUGGAGGAGCGAGUGCAGGGUGCAUCCUGGGAGGAAGAGGAGGAGUCGCCAAGGGCCCACAAAGCUAUGCCCCGCCCACUGUGGACCUUCCCCUGUGCUUUGCACGUGCGUCAGGCAGGGGAGGAGGGUGAGGGCGGGAGGCUGAAUGAGGCGCUGACGUCCAUCGUGGGGGGGCUCCAAAGCGUGAGCAGGGAGAAAGGAGGCUUUGGCUUCCGCUUCGGGAGGAAGAGAUGGACCAAUGGGGCGUGGAGGGGGCGGGGCUUAAAGUCUGUUGAAACAAUGGACUAA